GCAGAGAGCAGCAUAACACGGCUGUAGCAGUAGCAGCAGCUGGUGGUGGUGGAGAGGAGCUGCGGUCAGGAGCGGGGCCGACGGGACAGGAGGCCGGGACGUAGCUUGGAGAACGGGGUAAGGAACCUUACAAGAAGGAGCAAUGUCUGUGGCCAAUGAUGAGGACAUCCCCCAGGUGGAGAGGAAGACGGUCACCGAUUUCUGCUACUUGCUGGAUAAGUCUAAGCAGCUCUUCAAUGGCUUGAGGGAUUUGCCCCAGUAUGGACAGAAGCAGUGGCAGUCGUACUUUGGAAGGACCUUUGAUGUCUAUACGAAGCUUUGGAAGUUCCAGCAACAGCACAGGCAAGUGCUUGACAAUCGGUAUGGCCUUAAACGUUGGCAGAUUGGAGAAAUUGCCUCAAAGAUUGGUCAGUUGUAUUACCACUAUUAUCUUCGUACGUCAGAGACAAGUUACCUUAAUGAAGCAUUCUCUUUCUACUCCGCAAUCAGACAGCGAUCCUAUUAUUCCCAGGUCACCAAAGAGGAUAGACCUGAGCUGGUGGUGAAGAAGCUGCGGUACUAUGCUCGCUUCAUUGUCGUCUGCCUCUUGCUCAAUAAAAUGGAUGUUGUUAAAGACCUAGUCAAGGAGCUGUCGGAUGAAAUUGAAGACUAUACACAUCGCUUUAAUACAGAAGACCAGUUGGAAUGGAAUCUUGUACUUCAAGAAGUAGCCGCAUUUAUUGAGGCAGACCCUGUGAUGGUGUUAAAUGAUGACAACACCAUUGUGAUCAUUUCAAAUCGACUGGCGGAGGGUACAGGACCAGUGUUGGAGCAAGGCAUGGUCGUGGGGCAGUUGGUGCUAGCUGAUGCUCUCAUCAUUGGCAACUGCAAUAAUCAGGUGAAGUUCAGUGAGCUGACAAUUGACAUGUUCCGGAUGCUACAAGCUCUGGAGAGAGAGCCAAUGAAUCUGACCUCUCAAAUGAAUAAACCAGGAUUGCAGGAUCCUGCUGAAAAGCCUACAAAAAGAGAGAACCCUCAUAAAUAUCUUCUCUAUAAGCCAACUUUCAGUCAACUAUAUACCUUCCUUGCAGCAUCUUUCAAGGAGCUGCCUGCAAACAGUGCCCUUCUGAUUUACCUGUCAGCCACGGGAGUCUUCCCAACAGGUCGCUCUGACUAUGAAGGUCCUUAUGACUUUGGAGGGGUCCUAACCAACAGUAAUCGAGAUGUGGUCAAUGGUGAUGCUUUACACAAGAGGAAUCAGACUUACAAAGAAAUGCACUGCCUUCAUCCCGGGGAUCUCUACCCUUUCACCAGGAAACCCUUAUUUAUUAUCGUGGAUUCAUCGAACAGCGUGGCAUACAAGAAUUUCACCAAUCUCUUUGGACAGCCCCUAGUUUGCCUGCUUUCCCCGACAGCGUAUCCUAAGGCUUUUCAAGAUCACUCUCAGCGUGGGAGUCUCUUCACUCUCUUCCUGAAUAAUCCCCUUAUGGCAUUCCUAUUCAUCUCUGGCCUGUCCAGCAUGCGCAAAGGGCUUUGGGAAAAAUGUCAGGACCAUCUACGAAAAAUCAAUAGAGAUAUUGCACAGCUCCUGACACACUCCCGAUCUAUAGACCAAGCUUUCCUUCAGUUUUUUGGGGAUGAAUUUUUGCGCUUACUUCUUACAAGGUUCAUAUUUUGCUCAGCAACCCUUAGAAUGCACAAAAGCUUUAAGGAGACUAGGAAUUACCCAGAAACCUAUCCAUCUCUUCCCCGAGACGAGUUGGUGGAGAACCUUCACUUGCAGAAACAGAUUUUGGAGUUGGCCUCCAUAUUAGACGUGAGGAACCUAUUUCUGGAGACCACCAUGGAUGAAUAUUAAUAAAGCGCGCCAGUUUUACUUGAACAUUUGUGACUCUAAGGUCACAGAACCUGGAAGGUGCAUAUUUUCUAAGACGAAGCUCUUCUCUAGAGUACUUUUUAGUUUGUAAAUCCCAAGCUUUGAUUUUAAAUCAAGCACCUCCCUGAGAAAAGGUACCGAGGAUCCAGUCGUAACCGCACUUUCUUGCCGUUCCCACCCGCCCCCGUCUGAUCAGUAGUGUGGCACCUAGUGCUUGUGUUUUUCGCUUGCAGGUCAUUGCCUCUAGCUUUCCUGCGCAUGAUGUCUUAGGUGUUCAGUCCCGGAAUGACGACCCCCCCCCCACAGCAUGAAGAAUUUACUUUAUGGAGACAGGAGAACCAAGAGAAUCGUUUCAGACAGUCCAGACCACUGUCUCUCUUCUUGAGUAUGGUUUUUUUGAAACCUCCCUCAACCGCACAAAACAAAGAUGAUCCUGCCUUCCACAGAUGACGGCCAGUGCUGGCUUAUUCCACCUUUGUAUUUUCAUAUUGUUGAACUGUAUGGACAUGGUACUUUGCUUAAGUCGGUUGUACAUGAAGCAGUUGGGGACAGGCACAGUAGUAAUAAUAUAUUUUUUAUUUUAAUUUCUCGCCUCCAUACUACAUCCUGUAUCCAACCCAGUGCGUGCCAAGGACACCUAAAUUUAGUACAUUGAUAGCCCUGUGGGAUCCAUGGACUAAAGGGGUCUGAAUUGGACAUGGAAACCUGUAAGAUGUGUAACAUAUGUUUGUCACAGGGUCAGCAUUGCAUAGUAGUGCCUUAUGUGGUAUGAUUUUAGUUAAUUUUUUUUAGCCAUAACCGAAACGAUCCUUGUUUUUCUUGACAAUUGUACAUGACAAUCUUACAUAUUUUUUCCUUUUUACUUGUACAGAACCAAUGUUUGUGACUAGCUGUAAUACAUUCUGCUUCGUACGUAGAAGCUAUCUUCUA